AAAGAUGAGGUGUACCUCAACUUGGUGCUGGACUAUGUUCCUGAAACAGUAUACAGAGUUGCCAGACAUUAUAGUCGGGCCAAACAGACACUCCCUAUGAUUUAUGUCAAGUUGUACAUGUAUCAGCUGUUCCGGAGUUUAGCCUAUAUCCAUUCCUUUGGGAUCUGCCACCGGGAUAUAAAACCACAGAACCUCUUGCUGGACCCUGAUACGGCUGUUCUAAAACUCUGUGACUUCGGAAGUGCAAAACAGCUGGUUCGUGGAGAACCUAAUGUCUCAUACAUCUGCUCUCGGUACUACAGGGCACCAGAGUUGAUCUUUGGAGCCACCGAUUAUACCUCCAGUAUAGAUGUGUGGUCAGCAGGCUGUGUAUUGGCUGAACUGUUACUAGGACAACCAAUCUUUCCAGGUGACAGUGGUGUGGAUCAGUUGGUGGAAAUAAUCAAG